GCAAACACGUAUCAUUCCCAUCAGGUGAAGUUAACGAGUAAAACGAGGAACUAAAAUAGAAUAAAAUAUGUCGCGUAUAUGAAGUAAAAUAUAACAUGGAUUAUCACGAAACAAACCGGACUAUUUCUGUCAAAGACCUCACGGAAAAACAACAUGUAACCGUCAAGGGCAGUGGUGAAUUCUUCAUAGGGCUGGACAAAGGUGGCGUUCUUGUGUCGGACCGAGAGCGGGAAAGUGUCCGUGUACCGCUUGUGCGGAUGGAGAUCCAGGGGAGCGGCGGCUGUGUCCUUGCGGCCGACAACUCCGACCUGCCACUUGUGGAUAACAGAGAAGAUGAGCUGGCGGGGGAAAUAAACAUGGUCGACGGUCUAAUACUUCAUAUAGCCGGACGUAAACUGGAAUUCGUAGUCGGCCCGGUGGUGCGACCCCGACGGAAGUUGCCACGGACUCCUGGCAACGUCAUCCCCGACAGACCUCCCCCCAAGCCAGCCAGAGCAUCAUCCGCGACCAAAAAAGUAGUAACCGACCAAGCUCCGCCCACCUCUAAGGUAGACCUACAUGAAUCACAACCACAGGAAAAGACGGACGACGGUGUUGGCCAGGAGUGGGAGUUGCUCGAGGACAGCUGCCGCGUCCUACCGGAAUCGGAAGCAGAGCAGUUGAGGACGCUAGACGCUCCCGAGAAGAUCAGCGUCCUGGCUGCCAGCAGGUUCACUCAACAGCUGCGCAUGUCCACGGACGCAGUUGUCACUCCAAAACUGUUGGAUGAUAUAUUCCGGCUUUUCACAGACACGGUAGAUGAUUGUCACGAGGAUUACCUGGAAUUUCUACGGGAAAUGCCGGCCAUCCGUCGUCCCGUCCCGAAAGGUCAGCUUGCCUGUCACGCACCCGCAGUCCGCCUUCUGACUGUCCUCCUCAAAUACAGCAUGGAGCCAGUAGCAUCCGUCGCGCUAUUGUUAGACCUUCUGAGAACGUUCAGCCAUUUUCCCGCCAAUUUCCCCUUUAUGGCCAGGUACGGGACCGCAGCGGCCGUGUUAGGAUCUAUGGCUGCCCAUGGGGAGGCGGUUAAGGUACAAAGGAACGGUGCGGACAUACUCGCCCGGCUUGCGUUAUACUGCCCGGCACCAGGGCAAAAGGCGCCCGUACGGGAGGCGGCGGUGGAUGUUCUGGUUCGCGGAAGUAUACGGCACCAAGUUGAUUCCGACCUCAGCCGGGCUGUGUGCCGCACCCUUGCCAACCUCGCCGCUACACUCGUCAAACAUAUCGACAACAAACUAGAGCGAGCCGGAUAUCCUGUAGUAUCGCAUGUGGACCCGAGGUCUGAUGUUCUUGACGCAAUGGAGCGACAGGAAAGUCUACUCACGUACGUGUUCCAGGAGGGAGUCCCCGCCGUCCAGGCCGCAAUGACGACACUUUCGACAGAUCUCGGCGUUAUCACCGAGGGACGCAAGUUUAUAUUCUAUUACGCCAAACUACCACAGCUGCAGCAGAAAAUCGCCAAAUGGAAACUGGAAUCGUCUGGAACAGAUCUCACAGACGCUCGCGUGGACGACGACAAUAGCACGAGCACCAGUAUCACAUCAAGCGUAGAACCAAGACGUCUUCUUAUUGCAGAGAUGCGCCACGAGCAACCAGAGGGAAUACUCAAAGCCAGUCACCACACUGGCGCAUCCGAUAACAGUAACCAGAAGAGGAUCGUGUUUGCAGACGACACUACUGGCGGAACGGACAGCGAAGAUUUCUCUUCUGAAGAGGAAGAGCUGUCUCCAGAUAAACAGAGCUUCAUGCAAAAUGAAACUUGCCAGAAUACCGUCAUAGCGCAACAAGUUCCGACACCUGGUGUAUCUGGCGGCUCACCAGAUGAAUCGAUGGAAGGAUCAAAAUAUAUAAGUAACAAUGCAGAAAGUUUGGCCGAAAAGGAAGGCCAAUCUGACCCAUUUACCGGUGCAAUAGUCCGCCAUCUUGUUCGAAAGUCAAUUCGACAACGGAGCCACACAGCGCAACCCGAUGACAGCGACUCAAGUAGCGAGGAUGAGCUGCUUCAAUCUCUCUCUGGGACGACAGAGAGCGCUAGUUGCCAGGAGAGUAAAGAACGUAUUUCAAUAAAAAGUGAUUAUGGGACAGAACAAUAUGAUGACUCCAAACGUGGCGAUGCUGAUGAAAGACGAUGUGAACCGCCAGGAACAGUCAGUGACCACAGUGGGACAUUGACAGCGGACAGUCCUGGCCAUUUGUUUAGAGAUGUAGACUUUCUUGGAAAGUUUGUCAGGACGCAGAUUAUAGUCCAUGUUGGCUCUCUUGUGCUGCAAGGCGAGGACACCCUCGUACUCUCUGUGAUCGAUCAGCCACUUCCGUCUCUCCUGGCCGCCGCCUCUGCACCGUCUGACUUUCUGGAGUUCGCCGCCCGUCACUGGGGACCAGAAGUGACGUUGAUGGACCUGGAUCCCGCACUCAUUAUCAGCGUCAUUGAUGCUGUCAGAUACACCUCAGUGACGACGGAUCUUGUUAAGUCGGCGAUGUUGGACAUAACAAGAAGCGUAUGUGAGCAUGCGCAGCUUCAAGCGCAGACUUCCGGUUGGCUCCUUGACUUUUACCGCAGGGCAUUCGCAGACAAGGUCCUGAGAUCCACCCUUACAGACACGACCUUUUUACAAUCAUUCCGAGAGAUUUUCAAAACAGCUGCAGAGAAACUUGAUCCAUUGACGUCACUGGACUGUCUGCUAGAACACAAUGAUGGUGAUGAUGAUGAAACACAGGCGGUGUGACGUCCAUCGUAGUGUAUGUAAAACAUCGGACACAACAGACUCACCGAUGCCAGCAUUUUCAUGAAGCUGAAUACAAACAAGACAUUGAAAGAAAAAGCCUAUCCAAUAAGUUAUAAAUAUUAUGACAUGUGUGAGGGUGGGUUUAACCCCAUCAUGAUUGUUUUUCAUUGACUGUUUGAUUAAAACUACGGUCAAUAA